GGUAUUGGCUUUUAUCUGGAUUCACCUCAUCAGUGCACUCCAUGAAAAAAACAGUAAUCCUUGCACUAUAUGCUUAAGCCGGCAAGAGUUUGGCUUCAACAACAAACAGACAUUUGGUACAGUGUGCUCUCACAGCAGCAUGAAGACUCAAUUGGAGGGGACAGUCAUCCUCGCAGAGCUCAGGGGUCAUCUUCAGGCCCCGCUAGGAUCAGCAGGGCGGUCCCGGGUGGAGGUCUAACCAUCAGCACCCUGCCAGACAACAUCACACGUGUAGUGGAGGAUUCUGGGAAGUAUUACACAUGGCGUAGCUUUGGUCCAGAAGACCAGCGCACACAGGAACUAUGGGUAGACAUGAGUGACGUCCGACAUGGCCAAGUUAGAGUCCAUGGCAUUCUGUCAAAUUCAUACAAACAGGCUGUGAGGGUUGCCCUGUCGUUUGACUUUCCUUUUUACGGACAUUACUUGAGGCAGAUUACCAUAGCAACUGGAGGGUUCAUCUUCACAGGGGACAUUACUCACCGUAUGCUGACCACAACACAGUACAUCGCCCCUCUAAUGGCUAAUUUUGACCCCAGCUACUCCAAAGAAUCUACUGUGCAAUACCUGGAUAAUGGUGAGGUGUUUGUGGUCCAGUGGGAGCGGGUCAGACUCCCAGGAAAAGAAUCAGGAGGAGCCUUUACGUUUCAGGCUGCACUUUACAAAACAGGAACCAUCACAUUCAGCUACCGAGAUAUACCUCUGUCAUUAGAUGUGAUGGGUUCAGCUGAGCAUCCAGUAAAGGUUGGUGUGUCUGAUGCCUUCAUGGUCACGCCACCUUCUCCUCAAUCACAAGAUGCCCAAUGGCGGACGAUUUAUGAGUACCAUCGGGUUGAGAUAGACACUACAAAGGUCACCAGCUACUCUGCUGUUGAGUUCACUCCACUGCCUACCUGCCUGCAGCAUGACAGCUGUGAGCUCUGCCUGUCAUCCAACCAAACCUCUGAUUGUAGCUGGUGCAAUGUACUCCAGAGGUGUUCAGAUGGCAUGGAUAGACACAGACAAGAAUGGUUGGACUACGCCUGUUCAGAAGAGAGCAAAAAUGCAACCUGUGAGGAUUACUCCAGGGUCGACAGCCCCACUGGUUCUUCUAUCACACCAGAGAUCGAGGAAGUGACCUCACUGACUCCUCGACAACAAGACUGUGGAAGUAACGAUAAGACCAAACAUCAUAUAUUUAAGACUGGCAAUGAUGUGAAGACAGAUUCUUCAACCAAGACUGAUGGGUUGGCUAACACUGGAGUGAUAGCCGGAAUAGCAGCUGCGCUGGUGUUACUUUUGGCUCUGAUACUGGUAGCUCUUUACAUCAACUACCAUCCUACUGCUGCAUCACCACUUUACCUCAUCCAGCGACGCAACAACUACUGGCCGUCCUUGAAGUUUCAGAAGCAACAACCUGGUUACACAGAAGUGGAAGGAGAAGGUCAUGAAAAAGACAGCAUUGUUGAAGCUGGGCCAUGUUGAAGUGAUGGAUGGAAAUGUGGAUAAAUAUUUGCAUUGAACUGAUUUCUACAAAUAUUCCAAUAUAUACAUUUGUCCGAAGCCAGUUCAACUUUUACAUUCAGUUCAUGACUCCAUUGUAAAAAGGUGAAAUUGUUGCAACAGUUUGUGUAGAUUAUAGCUGAAUGU